AUGUCAUCACAAGUCGGGAAAGAUAAGAGCCUUCAGCAUACGUUAUUCUCAUCGGAUGAAGAAGGGGAGGACGUUGGAGAAAAAGCUGUGGUGUUCAAGAGGAACAGGCAAGAUUUCGAAAACUGGAAUAUGAAGGGAUAUCCUACAACAUCUGCCUCUGGGAUCGGGGAAAUAAUUGAGUUCUCUUGGAUGGUCAGUCAGGCCUUAGACGAAAGGAUCGCCCAAAAACAAUACAAAAAUCCGUCUGUGGUAGAUUUACGACCUCUUUUAGGCGACUGUAGUAAUGCCAAUUGCAUGUUAUCGAAAGCCAACCAGGACCCACUGGGUCAUAGAUCCGCUCGUACCAAAGACGCAAUUUUCACUAACCUUCACUCUGAAGGGAGAUCAAGUCUUUUCAAUAACCUCUAUCACUAUGGCGCACCUUACUGCGAUGAUCAUUUACCUUCCUCCAUGAAGAAUUUCACUUGGCAAAAUAGUUUGAAACCUACCGACUUGGUGAGAUGUAGCGGUACGUUUGGUCGCAGGGUCAUUCCCGAAUUUCUCAACUCGUCCGGAAUGCCGGAAAACAACAGUCGUCUUGUAGGUUGUCCAUCGUGGGUACCGAAGACGACUCGCGAUGGGGGAAAAUGGCCUUUGAAUGUUCCGUAUGCAGGUCCUGGAGGAACUCCAGAUGAGAAACAUGAUCAGUUUGUCUGUAGUUUCCGAUGUGCGUUCGACUGUUUGACGAAGACCGAUCAAGAUAAUACUAAAGUCCGUAUUGACCAGGAUGGGAAAUUGAUCACGAAACCACCCAAGAGACGAUCUGUCAAAUCGACAACCGCUGCUUCUGCAAGUGGAAGUUCAACUGGUGUUCCUACUGUAGUACCCAGACCGUCAACGUCAAAUGUCGAGAUACCUGCACCGGAUAGAAUGAUCACUGAUCUUACUCAUGAUCAUUGGACUGACGGACCGAUCGGUCAGGUAUAUGCAGAUUACAUACCCCCUCCUCAAGAUCACUCAUACAGUCAGAUCGAACCUUCGUUUCUGCAGAAAGGAAACACCCAUGAAGGUCGUGUGGACUGGUUGAAGAGUGAACAAGCCAAGAUGGUCGAACAGAACAAUAACAAAUAUGGUUUAUAUCUCGAAAGUGAAUUCAGAUAUUUACAAUUCAAAUCUGAAAAUCCUGAUUUCACCAGGACAGACGAAGGUUGCUAUUAUUCCAAAUGUCCUUCUAAAAUCUCUCGUAUAGUCGGUAAAGAACAUUUAUGGCAGUUUAACGUCAAGACCACUGAUGGACAGCUCAAAGGCACUUGUUCACAUGAACAUCAGGCUGAAGCUAUGGUUGAAGAGAUGGGUCGACAAAGUUUCGAAGAUAGAUUUAAAUCUUUCUUACAAGUUCAAAGAUCAUCGACAGGAACAGGUAAUGCUUCAGCUCCGGUCAAUCCUUUCUUCAGGGAUACGGAUGCGGGCGGAUUCAACGGUUUACCUCAAUAUACAUCAUCAUAUACUGCUUCGCCGAUCGAGAGUCAUGCGGGUUUCGAAACCCCCAAGAGACGUCGAACGGGUGGUUCGUUGAGGUCUGAUUCGGGAGAUUAUCCGGCAGAUGAAUAUGCCAUGAGUCAUACGGGUUCAGCUACAGGGAGCUUCUUCCCUCCGUCAUCUUCGAUGGGCCCACCUAGGAUCUGA